GGCAGCAGCAGCUCACAGUUCUGCCCUUUUACUCGUGUUCUUCUAGAGAGAGAAAGUGAAAUCUGAACCAGUUGGUGAGGAAUAUAAUACAGAGUUACUCCAAGAAAGAAGAAGAAGAAGAAUCAAUGCGAUAUCCUUAGAGAGUGUGAGAGUCUUUGAUUAGCUGUUUCAAUGUUGGUCCAAGAUAGUGUCGUCGUCCCUAAAUCAUCGUCCAAAGAAGACAAAAGAAUUCUUCCAACCCUAGCUCUUCGUCACAAUAGAUUCUCCGAAUCGAAAAGCCUAGAUUUCUCCACAUGGAUAUCAGACAAUCUCUACAAAGUUGUAGCAAUUGGACUCCUAAUUGUCACCGUAGCCGCCGUUUUCUUCCUCCGAAACGUAGGCGAUACAGCCGCCCUACUUUGUUUCCAGUCUCAAUCUCAACAGCUAGAAAAGAUUGAGUCUCCUCGAAUCAAUUGGAACUCAAUCACUCCAAUUCUCGAUAAAUCAAGCCCCUACGCAAACUUCCGAUCUGAAAAGUGGAUCGUCGUGUCAGUUUCAAAUUACCCAACUGAUUCGCUUCGGAAUCUCGCCAAGAUUAAAGGAUGGCAGGUGUUAGCUAUCGGAAACUCAAACACUCCUCCAGAUUGGAAUCUUAAAGGUACUAUAUAUCUUUCACUAGAACAACAAGCUAAUCUAGGGUUUAGAGUCAUUGAUUACUUGCCAUACGAUUCACAUGUUAGAAAAACUAUUGGAUACUUGUUUGCGAUCCAACAUGGCGCUACUAAGAUCUUUGAUGCUGAUGAUCGUGGGAAUGUAAUUGAUAAUGAUAUUGGUAAACACUUUGAUGUUGAAUUAACUGGUGAAAGUGCUAGACAAGAGGUUAUACUUCAAUACAGUCAUGAAAAUGAAAACCGAACUGUUGUGAAUCCGUAUAUUCAUUUUGGCCAAAGAUCUGUUUGGCCAAGAGGAUUGCCAUUAGAAAACGUAGGUGAAAUUGGUCAUGAGGAAUACUAUACUGAAGUCUUUGGUGGUAGACAAUACAUUCAACAGGGAAUAUCAAAUGGUCUUCCUGAUGUCGAUUCUGUAUUCUAUUUCACUAGGAAAUCUGGUCUGGAACCGUUUGAUAUUCGCUUUGACGAUCGUGCCCCGAAAUUGGCUUUGCCUCAAGGCAUAAUGGUACCCGUUAAUUCCUUUAAUACCCUUUAUCAAUCGUCUGCUUUCUUUGCAUUGAUGCUUCCUGUAUCCGUUAGUAGCAUGGCUUCGGAUAUUUUAAGGGGUUAUUUUGCUCAAAGAUUAUUAUGGGAAAUUGGCGGUUUUGUUGUGGUUUAUCCUCCGACAGUUCAUAGACCGGAUCGAGUCGAAUCGUACCCAUUUUCGGAAGAGAAAGAUCUCCAUGUGAAUGUAGGUCGUCUGAUUAAGUUUCUGAUCGAAUGGAGAUCUAGGAAACAUGGGUUACUUGAAAAAGUUCUUGAACUUAGUUAUGCAAUGGCGGAAGAAGGGUUUUGGGGAGAGAAAGAUGUGAAAUUUACGGCUGCUUGGAUUCAGGAUCUGUUGGCGGUUAAUUAUCAGCAGCCUAGGUUAAUGGCGCUUGAGCUUGAUAGGCCACGGGCUCAAAUUGGUCAUGGUGAUAGGAAGAAGGAUUUUGUUCCUCAGAAAUUACCGUCUGUUCAUUUGGGAGUUGAAGAGACGGGUACUGUGAAUUAUGAGAUUGGGAAUUUGAUUCAUUGGAGGAAGUAUUUUGGGAAUGUUGUAAUUGUAAUGUUUUGUAAUGGGCCUGUGGAACGUACUGCUUUAGAGUGGAGAUUGCUUUAUGGUAGAAUAUUCAAGACUGUUGUCAUCUUAUCAGAGAUGGAGAAUGUCGAUCUUGCUGUUGAACAAGGUCAUUUGGAUUAUCUAUACAAGAAAAUUCCAUCAUUGUUUGGCAGGUUUACAAGUGCAGAAGGAUUUCUAUUCAUACAAGAUGAUACAGUCCUUAAUUACUGGAACUUAAUGCAGGCAGACAAAUCAAAACUUUGGAUAACUGACAAGGUAUACAAGUCAUGGACACGUGUGAAAACCAAUGGCAACUCUGAUUGGUUUGGGAAGCAAGCAGAAAUGGUGAAGAAAGUCGUCGAUAUGAUGCCAGCUCACUUGCAAGUUAAUUACAAAGAUGCCAUGUCAAGCGAAGAAAGCCUCGAAAUCUGCAGUUCAGAGGUUUUCUACAUCCCCAGACAUUUGGUAUCAGAUUUCAACGAUCUGGUAGAUCUUGUGGGUGAUCUAGAUAUUCAUCAGAAAGUGGCUAUACCUCUUUUUUUCAUGGCAAUGGAUUCGCCUCAAAAUUUCGAUCCCAUUUUUAACCGUAUGAUAUAUAAGAAGAAAGCACCGAGCAACUCGACGAAUUUUUACUCGGCUACUGUCCCUGCGGUUCACCCGUUAAAGGUAUCGAGUGAGCAGGAAUUUAUCAAGCUGAUUAGAAUCAUGGCUGCUGGUGAUCCCCUACUUAUGGAAUUGAUUUAGAGGAUUAAAAGAAUCAAGAUAUUAUAUGUAUGUACCACUUCUCCUCCCUCCCUUUAACUGCUAUAUAUAUUUGACAUUUUUGUUCUUCAUUCUUAUAUGUCAUUUCUUUUUUUUCUUACCAUUCUUUGAUAAUGAAAAAAAGUUUAUAUGUUAUGUGAGAACUGUUAUUUUGUACAUGUCUGUUCAGAUUAAUAGAUUUCUGUAACUUUGCU